AAAUUAAAAGGGGAGCAGGAGGGAUUGUUGAAAGGAGCUGGAGAAAGAAGGGAAGGAGGUGACACCCGAGAGCCCUGGGUCACCCUACCCCAACCAGCCUCUGUCGCUGCUGCUUUGUUCCAUAUUUAGUUCCUGACAACUGUGCCUGGGGCAGGAACUCCCAGCUCUGUUUUCCCUCCUCUCUGCGCUCCCAGAGCUCUCAGAAAUUGCUCUUUCUCUCUCCCAGUGGCCACAAGUGAACCCCACUGUGGUGCAGAAGAUGGCAGAGAAGCAGGAGGAGCCCAGCAAUGCCCAGAACGGGGAACCCGACAAUGCAGAGGAGGGCGAGGGCAAGAAGAAGAAGGUGAAGAGGGAGGACCUGCCACCGUUUGAAAUCGUGACAGGUUGGAGAAUGAAGGUUUCAACUUUUACCUUCCCACCCCCUCAGGCGGGCGGGCGCUGCACCGUCACCUGGUACGUGUCGUCCAGCCCCUGCGUGAGCUGCGCCCAGCGCAUCGCCGACACCCUGCGCGGGAACAGGGCCCUGCGCCUCACCAUCAUGGUGGGCCGGCUCUUCAUGUGGGACGAGCCCGAGGUGCAGGCCGCGCUCCGCAGCAUGAAGGAGGCCGGCUGCAAGCUCAGGAUCAUGAAGCCUCAAGACUUUGAGUAUGUCUGGCAGAACUUUGUGGAGCAGGAGGAAGGGGAGGAGGUGAAGUCGUUCGUGCCGUGGGAGGACAUUCAGGAGAACUUCCAGUACUACGAGGAAAAGCUGGCUGAGAUCCUGCACUGAGCUCACGACCUACUCAGAGAUCUAUGAAGAGAAGUGACAGACCUGGACACCCGGGACACUCCACUUCCCAAAGCUUUGACUCCAGCAGGAUGGAGAACCAGCUUCUGGAAGACAAAGCCCUGUGGGACUAUGAACACAGACCUUUGGUGUUUGGGAUUU